GCCCUAACUUAUUUGCUUCUACGACCCGACGAAACUGGCCAAAUUCCUGGACGACCUGGAAAAAUCGCGUCAGAUCCCUGGGAAAAUCAAAAUAUUCGUGACUUGCACAAUACAUCACCAAAUGGUUCAUUAAGAGGAAAUAAUCUCCGAGAAAUUAAGAAAAAAUCAAGUUUUAGCAAGCUUCAAUCAAUGUUUCGACGUCAGGAUACUUUGUCACCUCCUUCACCUCUUUCAUCCGAAUUUACUGAUGGGCAACCUGCGGUACCGGGACAUUCACACAAUGAUUUGGAUCAUAAUGAAUUUGAUAAUGUGCGGCAAUGUUGUGACGGCCAACAUGAUAUUAGCAGACUUGAACGUGCCCAUAAUCACAGAGGGCAUCAUUACAAUAAUGCACAUUUUUGA